AUGCUGCCUCUACGAACAGCACGCACCGUCGCACGGCGAUUGCGUCCUCAGAACUUGACCUCGAGACGCCAGGCGUCGGACUCCCACGGUUCCCACAGUCACGAUAGCCACGGACCCGCGAACGAAAGCUACGGCGCUGGCUUCUACAUCUGUAUCUCUGCAAUUCCGCUCUCUCUCGCAGUCUAUAAAUUCACCGGUCAGGGCACGUCCGAAAAGCCAUACUUCACCCGCCUAAUUCAGGACACAUACGCGGACUAUAAGACACAAUGGGCGCAGCGAAACGAUUUGCAUACGCAGGCUAUGGAACAGGCGGCUGCUGAUCGGUCGCUGUUCAUUCACGAGGCCAAUAACACCACACGCCAUGUGGACUUGAGAUACCCCGAGCAAUUCAACCAUGGCAGCCCUUGGAACGUCCCUGCAGGACAAGGCAGUGCGAACCUCGAUGUGCUCAUCGCGAAGUACGAGAAGGAGGCCUUUGCCGCGCAGGAGGAGAAGCUGCAGCAGUUGAGGGAGAACAGAGUGCCGGCCGAGCAACCUGUACCGGACUACCUAAAGGUCACACCCGCCGCUGCUGACAGUGGUUCAUGA